AUGGCCAGAGGUGCGUCACAGUCUCAGGCUUCGUCUUCAACGUCUGGUCGGGCGGGGUUCGUCGGCAUAGUGCCGCGUGGAUCUGCCGCAGUGGCAGCAGGGAUGCGGCGCCAGAGAGUUGGAGCCAGCGAUGGAGGCGGAUCCGGUGGGAGCGGAAGCAAUAUGGUGGGGUUCUACACCGUUGACGCCCCUGGCUUGAAGUUCUCCCCUACUGUCGUCCUUGUUAAGAGUUGGAGCCAGCGGUGGAGGCGGAUCCGGCGGGUUUGGUGGUGGCGGAGCGGAAGCAAUAUGUUGGGGUUCUACACCGACGACGCCCCUGGCUUGAAGUUCAUCCCUACUGUCGUCCUCGUUAAGAGCCUCUGCUUCAUCGGCUUCGUUACCGCUCUGAUACCAUAA